AUGCAUGUACUGAACAAACAAAUCUCCGAGAGCAACCAAUUCUGUGAAACUUGCUGCCUCUCUUUUCUGUGUCGUCUAAAUGUAUCUUGUAUAUCUAAUCACCGAGUUUUUUUCCCUAUACCAGGUAUCAUUCGAAGGGGCGACAUACCCAAUUCUCGGAUUCCUCAAACAACAGAUGUAGUGUUGUCAGUCUCUGAAGAUUCGAAUCCGUCUGCUCCUAGGCAAAAACAGAGGGAUGAUUGUGAUAUACUAAAAGCCACAGUGUAUUGA